GUGUUCUCCAGUAAUGUUAUCAGCCACGCAGUGAAAUGUGUGAACGCUCGUGUUGCUGGUAUCGACAAGCUUCUGCUGGGGCGUUCCGACUUUGUUACAGCGUUUAAGGAGAUCGUGCUCGAAAAGCUAGGUUUGAAGCAAGGAACGGCGGAUGUGGUGGUGAGAGACAUACGGGACGGGAGUAUCGAAGUAUCUUACAAGGUUGUCCUACGAAACAACGUAGACAAGGACGACAUUAAAGAAUUCUGGGAUGCUGCUACUGAAGACGUUCCUAGCUUGUUUGAGGACGAGCCGGAGUUUAGCCAAUACCAGGCUGAGCACAUUCGAGGACCUCGAUUUGAUGAACGCGUGGAAUUGGAUGCCGCCCUUAGCGAAGAUUUGCUUGCAGUGGAUGGCUCCUCCAAUGUUCCUUAUUUGGGCACAAGAACCAUGAAAUACGCGGGAAAUGCAGCAAUUUCUUGUAUGAUGGCAUUCACGGUCGCAAUGUUCUUUUCUGUUGCACGGAAAAUGAUGCCAUGUGCGAAAUGGAUCAAGGAGCACAUAAAGCGCAGAAAAUCGAGACCGCUGGAGAAAUGGAUCAAGGAGCACAGGAAGCGCGCAAAAUCGAGACAGCAGGGGCGGGCAAGCGGUCACUUGCUGACCGUGGACAUAUCCGAAAUGCUAAGGCGAAUACUGGAAAGGGAGGUCGGCUCGAAGCACCUGCUAGAGUGCUUGCCUGAAGAACUGCACCAUGAGCCGAUGGACGUCAUUGUGGAAGACAUGAAAGCUACUUACAUGGAUGGAAAGUUGAUGCAUUUCGGUGCACAGAAUCACACAGGCAAGGAUCUGGAGGUGCAAGAAGUGCUGUUGCUGAGGCCGCCUUGUGUGAGGGAGGGCAAAGAGCCCGAGAAAGUGGAGGUGCUUUUGUCAGAGCCAAAGGGCAACUGGGAAUCCCUCAAACUCGCGAUGGUGUACAAGGACGGCGUGGGGAAGCAGGUGGACGUCAGCCAAAUUAACAAAUCCAGGUUGAAAUUCGCAAGCGAAGGUGGUGUGGGAACUGGAUAUCUGCACACCAUUGGUAUGGAAUCCGCGCUCGGCACCUUUGCAAGUGGCUUCGCGCCGUUUUUGAUCCUUCCAGAGACUGCUGCAGCCGAAGUCAACUCCUUGUUCAAAAGGACUGUGGAAUGCCUCUGGAAUAAGACACUUGCCGAUAAGAGUGCGGACGACUUUGAGGGCUCAACACCGGAACUCAUCUUUGAGGCUGUUGAGAGUGCAGCAUGGAUUCAGUUCUUCAAACCUUUCGCUCUCGACAUGCAUUUCCUGCUCGCUCCCGAUGCUUCUGAGCUUCUAAACAUCAUGCAGACGGAGGGCUCCAAGAGGGACACCUACCUGGAGGUCUUACUGCACGUAGCUUCCUUCCUGGAGGUUUGUUCUGCGUUGGAAACAGAACAGUAUCUUUUGAGCAGGCUCAAGGAUGCUGGGAUUGAACUCACAAACCAGGGGUCGGAAACGUCUGCCGGAAAUAUAUUUCCGUGGCCGCCCGAACCAUACCCCUGCAGUGUUUUCGCGCAGCUUUGGGGAUCCCAACACGGAGUCCAGGUACCUCUGCCACUUCAAAAAGUGACAGGUGACCAUGAAUUCGGGAAGAAUGGCCACGCGAUCCUGCCUUCCACAGAUAGGACUUGUCCUCAGCAAGAUUGGCAAGUGCCUGCAGAUGCGCCCCAUCGCUCUGCACCUGCUUCUGUCCCUCGUGUGCGGGAUAGCGUUAUGGAGCACCCAUAUUGGCAACAGGAAGCAUUCUUUGAUGUUUAUCUGGCUCGCGGAGAAAGUGACUUGGCAGGGGUGGUCGGCCAAUGCGAAAGAAGUGGUGGGACCUGCGCAGCAUCCAUAUCCCAUUUUGGUCUUGCUCUUGUGAAUGGCCUCUGGGAAGACACCGGUGUUGAAGGUACCACUGUUGAUUCAUUUACCGCUGGGCAUUUCAGAGGCCUUCAUGAGCAUCGCGGAUGCCAUUGUGAGCACCUGAUGCAAGGAAUCAAUGGGAAUUGCGCAGGGCCUUAUUCUGCUUCUUAA